AUGGCAGAGCCCCCGUCUAGUGCUGUCGCCACCGCCGUGGCCGGCAAAGAGUCGUCGCAGGCGCAGACGCAGGAGAUCAUGCACUUACAGUGCCGCUUCUACGAGCAAAAGUUCCCCGAGAUCGAUGAGCUCGUCAUGGUGAACGUGCGCUCGAUCGCCGAGAUGGGCGCCUACGUGUCGCUGCUCGAGUACAAUAACAUCGAGGGCAUGAUCUUGCUGUCCGAGCUCUCUCGUCGCCGUAUCCGGUCGAUUAAUAAGCUCAUCCGAGUCGGUAAGAACGAAGUCGUGAUGGUGCUCCGUGUGGACAAGGAGAAGGGGUACAUUGACCUGUCGAAGCGUCGCGUGUCGCCCGAGGACAUUGCAAAGUGCGAAGAGCGCUAUAAUAAAGCCAAGACAGUGCACGGCGUGCUGCGCCAAGUGGCCCAGGAGAACCACUUGAAGAUUGUGGAUCUGUAUGCGCAGGUGGCGUGGCCGCUCUACAAGAAGUUUAAGAUUGAGACCGUGAACGACGACGAGAAGAAGGUCGAGUACGUCCACUGCUUUGACGUCUUCAAGAUGGGCAUCACGGACGACGCUGUUUUCGGAGAGCUGGAGGUCGCACCCGAGAUCUUGACGGCACUCAAGGCACAGAUCCGUCGUCGACUCACCCCGCAGCCUAUUAAAGUCCGUGCGGACAUUGAGGUCACGUGCUUUACGUACGAAGGCAUUGAAGCCGUCCGGUCGGCUCUCCAGGCUGGUCAGGAUGUCGGCACUGAAGACGUACCAGUCAAAGUCAAGCUCAUUGCCCCGCCAAUGUACGUCAUGACGACUAGCACGCUGGACAAGCAGAAGGGAAUCCAGAAGCUGCAAGAAGCGAUCGAGAGCGUGCGGGAGCACAUUACGGCCAAGAAGGGUACCAUGUCCGUCAAGAUGGAGCCCAAGGUCGUGAGUGUGAACGAAGAGAAGGAGUUCUUGCAAAUGAUUGAGAAGCUCGAGAAUGAGAACCGCCUCGUGGACGGCGACGCACCGGAAGAUUAG